UUUAAAGUCCCAGAAUAGGACAUUCUGGAUUUUUUGCAGAUAAAUUUGAAAGUAUUUUUCUCAUGCCUGGGGGUUAGAUUGGGGUAGGGAGAAUAAAAAUGGUUUAAAGUUAAUUACCUGCUAAAUCUGUCCUUAUCUACUCAUCUGUAAGGGGACAGUGAGCCCAGAAUUGGAGAGCAAGGUGAGAGAAGAGCUGGUAAUGGUUUAUUUAGUUCUGCAAACCAAGUUCAUACCAAUUUCAUACCAAGCAAACUGCAUGGGACAAAAGAAAUCAGGUAGAAGUUUUAUUGAAUGGGAAUAUUAAUUAUAUUAGAAAAUUAUGCCACCAGCAGCACAGAAUCUUGUAAUACGUUAGCUCAUUACUGAAUUGGGAGGAAGAAUUUUAUCAUUGUUGCUUUGUUGGAACCUUACUAUAUUCCCAUAGAAAUUUUUAUAUAGUAUUUGAGAAACCCUGACCAUAAUUUGUCAUAAAUAUUGAAGGUUAUGGUCAUGUAGAGGUUCUUUAUUUUAUUUGUUUUACUUGAUAGAGAUGAGUAAAUGCACAUAAAUUACAGGUUUUGAAUAUUUCUAAAAUUACCAUUUUGAGAUGAAGUUUUGCUAUUUUUGAACAUGAAACUAUAAAUAUUUUUAUUGCAGUUCAGUUAUAAGUAUUUUAGAACACUUACCUAUAAAAUAAUUGAAUAUUAGUAAAACUUCAGAUACACAUUUUUCAUUACACUAAAUACAAUGGAUAAAUUUAUAGAACAUAAAGAAUGUCAUAGUGAGCUGUUAAAGAUCUCAUUAUGCACUGCAAGCAAAGUAAUAAUGUAUUAUAUACCUAUAUUGUACCACAAAAGAUAGCAAAGUGAGUUUGAAAUAAACCAAAGGAAAGAGUUCCAGUGGAGUAAGUUCUAUAAGAGAAAUGUGCUGUGGUGCUGUAAGCAGUCGUCUAUUUACUUCACUGAUUGCAUUCUUUCUUGAUGUUAUAGGAACAGCAUUAUGAAAGAAAUGAGAAAACCAUAGAAAAAGUUUUAAGUUUUUUCUUUUUCUUUCAAUUGCUGUUUUGUUUUAAUGCAGGCAGUAUUGUGAGAGGAUCCUAAACUAUAGAAGUAAUGUUUGAUGUGUAAGUUUCAUGCAUAUUAAGUAUUAGCUAUUGUCAAUAAAACAUGCCAUUUGAAAAUAAAAUAUAUUUUCAUUAUACUUGUCCAAAUAUGACUUCUUUUUGUUGUUGCGUGCAUCUCAGAUUUAUUUUUUAUAAAUGUUAACACUUAGAAAAAGAUAAGGUCAAACAUAACAAGGGUGUCAACCUAACCAUCAGUCAUAACUUUAUGUCCACAUUUUCUGGUAGAUGGAUUUUGACUAUUAAUUUGGUUUUGUAUGUUUUCUCUAUGUGAUAUUUGUGCAUUAUUAGAUGACUAGACUGGCCAAGGCAGACCUGUUACACUUGCCUGAGUUAGGCAUUGUUUGCCAUGCCACUAAACCUGCCGUCAAGUGAAACCUUCAUUUGGGAAAUGAGAUCGGAGUCUGAACCGCAGAAGAUGGACGCCCUGUCUCUGUUUUUUAUUGUUUUACUUUCAUUUCUUUUUCUUUAUUUUGUCCCUUUUUUUUUGUUUGUUUUUGUUUUUGUUUUGUUAAAUCUAUUUCACUUUAACUUGUGAGCUGGUUUUCCAGUUCUUCGUAAAUGGUAUUCCAUUAAGGGUUCAUAACAUUGCAUUGCAAUUAUAUUGGGAGAUGAUCAGCAGAGCUCAACCUUAAGAUAAAAGAAAUUAUUCCCAGUACAUUAGGAUACAAUGUUGUGAGGCCCAGUGUGACUCUUAAUUGGUGUUUAUAGACUGAUGAGGUACAUUUUAUUCUUGAAACACUAAAACACUGAUAAGAUUCUUAGGAACACUUUCUGAUAUCGUGCAACAUUUUUGCAGUUUUUCUCCCAACAAAAACCAAAACCCCCUGAUAGCAUCUUUCUCCCUAGAAUUUUAGACAUACAAAAUCAAGGAAAAUAAGUACAUUUCUUAUAAAAAUCGGGGGGUAGAAGACAAAAAGAGACUUUCACUUUUAUGAUAGUUAUUCAUUAUAGAAAACAACUUAUUUCCUUGAUUUUUAGACUUGCAGUUACCUAUGUGGGGAAUGGAUAUUUGAGAAACUGUUGAAUACUUGCUUGCGUGUAUGUUUCUCUGCUUGAAUUUUUUUUGUUGAAAAACAUUCAGAGGUUACUAGGUUUUAAAUGGAUUCUGAGACUAGAAUUCGUAAUUUAACUGUGAGACAUUGCUUUUCCUCUCAGUUGCCAAGCAUAGUUUGAGAAAAAUGUUAAAUGCUUAAUUUAUAUACUCAGAUAGUAUUUAGAAGGUAAAUUUGAUAGAGUUCUAUCUUGGAAAUUAAGCAAUGAAACUUCUUUAAGUAUCUUUAAUAAUAGUUGGAAUAAGGAAAAAAAUAGUGUGCUUAUAGUUAGACUUAAAAUUUGUAAUAGUUUUUUACUACUGUGAAAGGCAGUGCCUACUGAAAGUCAAAAAACCUACUGAUACUUUAUUUUUAAAGCCGAAAGUGAAAGGCUUUAUAAUAGUAAGUGAUCAACUUUUGGCCUUUGUUGAAUAUACCCUUUUUGUUUGUGUAGUCUGUCAUACUCUCUUGUAUGAAUAGUUUUGCUUAUUUAAGAGAUAAGUAAUUUUAAAUUAGGACAAUAUUAGAUUGGAAACCUUAAUUUGUUUUUUAGGUGCAUAAAUUAGGCUAGCAAAGCAUAGGGUUUGUACCUUAGGACCUCAGUUGAUUUAUUAUGUGUGUUCAGGUUUUACAAAUGUUUAAAAAAUAAUACCUACUUAUAACAAAACAGGUCUUAUAGCAAUAUAAAUAGUAUAGUAUAUAUGUGGGUAUACAGUUACAUGUGUUAAUAUUAGUAACUAAUAAAAUGAAUUAUUUGAUGUCUUCAGUAAGGCCUACUUACCUUUUAUCUAUAUGCAUGUUAAUAAAGUCUGUGCUUAUGCAGAAUUUACACUGAAAUAAAAUGACUUUCUUUUUGAAAUUAGUAACAUAGAUUUAGAUGUUGCAAAGCUUAGAAAAAAGUAGGCAUUUGCUAAAGCUAAUAAAAUGUAAUUUUUCUGUUCCUAUGAAUAAGGUAACCAUUGUUUAAAGCAAGUUUUAAAGUCUGUCUUGCAUUCCAUUCAUUUUUAGAGAUAUAUUUAGAUAAUAUUGUUUAGAGGUUUAUACCUGCACAUCUGGUUGUUACAGAAUUUUACCCCUAAAACCCAGCAUGGUGCUUUUGAAAAUUUACUCCAUAUGCGAUUUUCAUUUUAGUGUGAUUUUGUACACUGUGUUUUGAAUUAUUUUUGAAGAAUUUAUGAUGAAAAUGUAUAACCAACUAAUACAUAAUUAUGAAUAGUUCUUCUAGAAAAGCUUAUAUGUAGACAACUUUUUUAGAAAUUUUUUUGGUUAGGGGGAGUAAGAGAGAGGACCAGGAAAAAUGCAUUAAAGUUGCAGUCCUUAUCAAAAUUAGUUGAGUAGAAUUUAGUCAAAUUCAUGUCGUUACUUCAGAUUUCAUUUUUCAGUUUUUAAUUGUAGCGAUUUUUUUUUUUUUAGUGUUUAAUGUUAUUUUAGUGUUGUUGCUAUUGUUAUUAGGCAGUUAAGAUGUUUAUAUAAGGAAGCAUUAACUACCCCUCUUCAGAUAAGUAUACAUAAAAUUGGUUCUAAAAGUCAAGGGUUUGAGAAGUUUCCUGAGAUUAGGGAAAUUUUUAUGUUAGUUAUUGUCACAAAUUUUAGCAGUUUCCGAAGGCAUAUUUGGAACUGGAUUCUUUUGGGCAUCUCUCACGUUGUUGAUGAGGUGCUGCCUUAUUAACUGAAUUGAUGUAGGCUUCCUUUUAAAUUGAAGUUGAUUACGUGCAGGUUUUUGUUUUUUUCCGUCUACUUGAAAUUAAAUGGAAUUUAUUGGAAGGGUUAUCAAAAUUGUUUGCAUCACAAUAGGUAGUUUCAAUAACAAGAUAGGGGCACUCAGGAACAAAUUUAAAUUCGCACAUAUUUGUUUUUUCUUUUUCUUUUUUUUGACUAAUUUGGUUAUUUGCCAUUUCUGGGGAUUAAACUUUAAAAAAUGUUCUUCUUUUCUGUAUCUGAUGUUCUGUGUGCUAUUAGUGAUGCAGCCAACACGAACGGUUGUCAUGUGUAACACAACUUUCGAUCAGCGCGAAAACACCGUCCUGGGAAAGCGUCCAUGCUUGAUAUCGUUUGGUUCAUGAACAUUAAGUUUCCAGUACAGGUAAAAUCCCAGAGGAAUCCAAAGCCCUGUCUCUAUUGGCUCCCGCUCCAACCAUGACAAGUCUGAUGCCUGGUGCAGGCUUGCUUCCCAUACCGACUCCAAAUCCCUUGACUACCCUGGGUGUUUCCCUUAGCAGUUUGGGAGCUAUACCAGCAGCAGCAUUGGACCCCAACAUUGCAACACUUGGAGAGAUACCACAGCCACCACUUAUGGGAAAUGUGGAUCCUUCUAAAAUUGAUGAAAUUAGGAGGACCGUCUACGUUGGCAAUUUGAAUUCCCAGACAACGACAGCUGAUCAACUACUUGAAUUUUUUAAACAAGUUGGAGAAGUGAAGUUUGUGCGGAUGGCAGGUGAUGAGACUCAGCCAACUCGGUUUGCUUUUGUGGAAUUUGCAGACCAAAAUUCUGUACCAAGGGCCCUUGCUUUUAAUGGAGUUAUGUUUGGAGACAGGCCACUGAAAAUAAAUCACUCCAACAAUGCAAUAGUAAAACCCCCUGAGAUGACACCUCAGGCUGCAGCUAAGGAGUUAGAAGAAGUAAUGAAGCGAGUACGAGAGGCUCAGUCAUUUAUCUCAGCAGCUAUUGAACCAGAGUCUGGAAAGAGCAAUGAAAGAAAAGGCGGUCGAUCUCGUUCCCACACUCGUUCAAAGUCCAGGUCUAGCUCAAAAUCCCAUUCUAGAAGGAAAAGGUCACAGUCAAAACACAGGAGUAGAUCCCAUAAUAGAUCACGUUCAAGACAAAAAGAUAGACGUAGAUCUAAGAGCCCACAUAAAAAACGAUCUAAAUCAAGAGAGAGACGGAAAUCAAGGAGUCGUUCGCAUUCACGGGACAAGCGAAAAGACAACCGAGAAAAGAUCAAGGAAAAGGAAAGAGUGAAAGAAAAAGAUAGAGAAAAAGAAAGGGAAAAAGAGAGAGACAGGGAAAAGGAACGUGAAAAAGAAAAGGAACGGGGUAAAAACAAAGAACGGGAAAAGGACCGAGAUAAAGACAAAGAAAAGGACAGAGAGAGAGAGCGGGAAAAAGAGCAUGAAAAGGAGCGAGACAAAGAGAAGGAAAAGGAACAGGAUAAAGAAAAGGAACGAGAAAAGGACAGAUCCAAAGAGAUAGAUGAGAAAAGAAGGAAGGAUAAAAAAUCCAGAACACCACCCAGAAGUUACAAUGCAUCAAGAAGAUCUCGUAGUACCAGCAGGGAAAGGCGUAGGAGGAGGAGCCGGAGUUCUUCCAGAUCCCCAAGAACAUCCAAAACCAUAAAAAGGAAAUCUUCUAGGUCUCCAUCCCCGAGGAGCAGAAAUAAGAAGGAUAAAAAGAGAGAGAAAGAAAAAGAUCAUAUAAGUGAAAGAAGAGAGAGAGAACGUUCAACCUCUACAAGGAAGAAUUCUAAUGACAGAGAUGGGAAGGAAAAAUUGGAGAAGAACAAUACUUCACUUAAAGAGAAAGAGCACAAUAAAGACCCAGAACCCGGCGUGGGCAAAGAAGUAGAUGACAAGGAUGCACCGAGGACUGAGGAAAACAAAGUACAGCAAAACGGGAACUGUCAACCAAACGAAGAAAACCUCUCCACCAAAACAGAAGUGGUAUAGGACCAACGGAUGCACCUCUAAACACUCGCUGGAAUCACAUCCAAAGCUUUUAAUUCUCUUAAGUUAAACAGUGAAGAAAUCCAGUUGAGCAAAAAGAUAGGAGCUAACAGCUUUUCUAGUUGUUAGGUGACUUUGGCCAUCUUGUUACUAAGAAAAUAAAGCAUGGACAUCAUGAAAGUAACAUAUGUUACCCAAACUCAUCUUCUAAAAUCUGUACAUUUCCAUGGUGGCUGACACACUUGUCAUGUGGUUUGUUAGUGUUUGCCAAGAAACAUUACAAAUAAAUGGGACAAGGAUACAAAUUUGUACUAUCCAUAAAGACCGGAGAUAAGCAUUGGAGGCUCUUUUAAAAAGUGCUAGUUAAUGAAUUUUGCAUUGUUUUACCUUUUUUUUUUUUAAUUUCAAUAUAUGCAGAUUGAUGAUGUGCUUGAAAUCGGUGCAAAUAUAUACCCACCCUUGUCAGUGCAGAAUAUGUAAGAAGUUUUAACAUUUACUUCACAGGAUUUAUAGUGAUUGUGUUAAAUUCUCACUAUUGUGUUUUCUUUUCCUCACUGUUUAGGACAGCAGUUUUCCUUUAAGAUAGUGUUACAUAUUAAAUUGCUUAAAUAAGUGGAUUAAAAAACAACUGAUGAUGCAUGCUACUACUGUUCUUUUUCAAAAGGAAGAACAGCAGCUGUGUUUGAAUACUAAUAACAAUGCAUUAGUAUUCAGUGUUUAGAAUCAUUGGGUUUCCCCACAAAGUAAGCACUUCUUUUUGAACUUUUCUUGACAUUUCCAAGCUUUAUUAUGAAUAAUACUGCAGUGUGUAUGGUCAGCUGUAGGUGGCAAAAGUGUCAUUAUAAAAAGAAAACUGGGUUUUCAGAAUGGGCUAUGGGAGCACAAGCUGAAGCUUUAGUGCCUUCUACAAUGCGGUAUACUGUUUGCUAGAAUUUUAUAUGUGCUAGUCAUUCUCAGUUCAUAUGGAAUUUAGAUGGAUAUUCCAUUCACUCCUGCAGAGAAGUGUGCAAGUCAUAUGUCAGAAGAGCUUCUUAGUUCUAAUAUGAGAGGGAGGUCCUGUUUUCAAGAAUGACUUUAGAGCUUAAAAUGACAGUGCAGUUUUGGGACCAUCAGUUUUAUACUGUGAUUGAAAAUGAAACCUGUUCUUAAUUUACUUAAAGCAAACCGUUUAGUUGUCUACAUUGGAUGGCCUUAAUUAUUACCUCUCAAUCAUCUUCUCAUAAGUGAUGUUAUACAGAAAUUGUACUUAUAGGAGAAUAUGUGAGGUUAUUUGUUUUAUGUUUAAGCAUAUGUUUACUUCAGUUUAAAAUAUAGGUCAUCCAUUAUUCUUAGAUUCACUUUUUGCAGAAAGUAUGUAAGUAGUAAAAGGACAACAUUGCUAAUACUUGCCCCCAAAACCGUAACUGAUGGUGUCAGAAUUCUGUUCAUUAUUGUUAUAUUUCCAGAAAACUUAAACCUUUUAAUUAGUAUGUUACUGAAAAAUCAAGUAUAAUUAUUUUAAUGCACUCUAAUACAAUCAAAUUACUCAGUUGCCUUACCUCAUGGGAAGUUAUUUAUAGAUUUAAAAAGCUAAGUAGCACAUCAAUUACUUGGUUUCAACUUGAGUUUUCUUUUAGUGUUAAUACUAUUGAAACUUAAGUAUUUGGUGGAGAAUGGAAAUUCCCUUAUUGCAA